AAACUGAUAGGAAGACAGUGCAUUCCAGAUAUGUGAUGUGGGUGAUUUUGAUUUUUAUAGCUGUUACCGGUGCAGUCCUUUUACCCGAAGGCUGCAGAAAUGUUACAAUAUGUGGUCAGUUGCCGUGGUCAGACUGGACUACAUGCAGCCAGUCCUGUGGCGGUGGUUCUCAAAUCAGGAAGCGAGAGAUAUGUGGUUUACCAGAAUGGAAUGAGGAGGAAGUAGAGGAACAUUGCGGGAAACCACUGCGGAUAGAACACAGAGUUUGCAAUGCGGAGUGUCUAAACGACGGAAUGUUUGUUGAUGAUAUUUGCAUUUGUAAACCUGGAAAGACCGGUAUAUGCUGUGAACACGACUUAACUUCGUUGGAUAGCCUCACAACAUCGAAAGAAAGGGCGUCUUCAUUCCUCAGGGAAAUUGGAAGUCGAUCAAAGAGGGAUGACUACAUUGACGAGGAAUGUAGUGAAUCGGGGUCUUGUGAUCACGAAGAAGUGGACGAAUGGAUCCAUGACCGUCACAUCCAGAAAAGUGUGUGCAAGUGGAUGAAAGACAGGCGAUGCGGGGAAAAAAGAUGUGGACCAGGAUACCGCUGUUAUACGACCAAUGAUGAUUGCUCCAGGUAUAGCCAAUACCACGUGGGGUGUUCAGAUAUAAACGAAUGUGACAGUAACCCAUGCAUGCACGGAGGAAGAUGCCACAAUUUAGUGAAUAGGUUCACGUGUUCUUGCCCGGAUGGGUAUAAUGGAAGACAAUGUGAAUAUGAUAUAAACGAAUGUAACAGUAACCCAUGUAUGCACGGAGGAACAUGCCACAAUUUAGUAAAUAGGUUCACGUGUUCUUGCCCGGAUGAGUAUUAUGGAACACAUUGCGAAUACGCAUGUACAAAGCCAGCUAAUUGUCAUCAUCAGCGAUGUACCACUCGAGAUAAUUAUGUGUGUACCGAGUGCAACGACGAAGGGUCUGACCCCAAAACUUCCAUAUAUUAUGCGUCUCCAAAUAAAAAGCAAUGUGAAGCGACGUGUUCAUGGAAACAAAACUGGUGUUGGCCGGGUACGUGUGGUGGUCAUCUCGCCAAGAACUGUGUCUGCAGUGGUGAAUUCACUCGUUCAUCCAGCGACUCCCACACAGUUUGUAAUUUAAAAGCUGUACCAGAUUUAGAUACAUGUCGACUUGGAGUGCAAAACAGCGGUGGUGAAGUCCGAAAUUCAACUACCAUCGGGCAUUGUUUUCAAGAAAAGUCGAAUUAUAUGAAGUUUCAGCCAGCUGAAUUAUCUUUUGAGUUUACAUUUUCAAGCACAGUAAACGUUUCAACUCCUCAGCAAGGGCACAUUGCAGAAUAUCGAUUUGGAAUUGUCAAUUCAUCCAUACGUCUAUCAAAGAGAAAUGUUUUAGGGUAUCAAGAAAAUCUGGAGUCAUUGGAUCCUAAACAGUCACAAAGUUGUACAUUAAACAACUAUACAGACCUAAGCCCUAUUUCCACCUUAAUUACGUGCAAAAUGUCAAUAGGGGCCAACUGGAGUUUACAAGAUGGCGAACACCUUUGUUUGGAGUUCAUAGCGUAUGCAGGAGGAUACUUAAAAACUUCAGAUUUCAAAAGACAAUUAUCAUUCCCACAUAUUUACCGUUCUACAAAAUCGUCUCAUGAAGUAUGUAUGAAACGAGACUCCUCUGCACCAAAACAUUGUCUAGAAGACAAUUCAUGCAGAAACAAUGAACAUAUUCUGUUUGAAAAUCGAUUAACAAAAACAGUCGAUAUUGGUGUAACACUACGAGGUUGGAUUGACCCCUAUCCUCACAACCCUGAUCAGGCAUCUGGAAUAAAAAGUUAUACAAUAACCAUUCAUGAUACGAAAGAGAAAGACGCAUCGACACUAACGAUGGAUGAAAGCUCCUUGUUAACUCUGAACGUUACUAGUGACACCCAGUCAAUCAAAUUACCUGAGAAGCAACCAGCAUUGUAUGGAGUUUCGCUGGGCAUUCUUGACAAUGCUGGUAAUUUCAAACAAGCAAGACGGUUCGUUUUGUUCGAUAAUUCGUCAGAAAUCCUGAUCAAUCCUACAAAAAAACUUAAAGUUAGUACAGGAAAUCCAGCUACUAACUACACGUGGCAGACAAAUCAUGGGAACAUUUGUGUUAACUGGAUAAAACGAUACUAUAAUUCUUUCAAUGUUAACUACAAUUUGUUGAGGAAAAUCCAGGCUGAUUAUCACAAUCUUUACAACGGAGUUUAUGAACAACACACUGGUCAACUUCCUGUCAGCGGAACUCUGAAUGUGGAUGGUAUCGUUGACUUUCGAUACGCAGUGACGUUGAACGAUAUUGAAUUAGAAAAUAAACCGGUUCCAAAUUUUAUGAACCAAUCGAUUUGCAGACGUUACAAUAUAAGGGACGGAGAAACAUAUAUGGUUUCCAUUAUUCCUGAAGAUAUAAUGAACAAUACCAUGAAAGAAACAAUAGCAAUACAUAUAGAUGCAAGUGUUCCGGACAUCAAUGGCAUGUAUCUGAUUAAAGACGGGGUUCGUCAGCUGUUCGUUCAUAACUCUACUGAUCUAUCAAAAAUGACGAUUUCAUUUGAAGCUUUAGAUGAACACAGCGGUCUCUAUUCCAUUGAAUGGAUGCUUGGUACAUCCUUAGGUGGACAAAAGUUAGGUAUAGGUAACCUUGCUGUGAAUCGUCUUCAGGUUGGAGAAUCGUGCAAUCAUACAGAUCAAUGUUACUGUCCAAAAGUCGGCGUUUGUGAAAACUCUUUGUAUGAAGUUAAGUUUAAUAGCUUGAUUAAAAAUAAUACACAGAAUGGACACCACAACAGGGAAUAUUUCUUCACGGUGAAAGUAAUGAACAAUGCCAAGCUGGUAAGCAUUUCUAGGACGGAAAUACUAGCAGAUGAUUCUCCUCCUGAAACUGGGUUUGCGAUGGAAGGAGAGAUAGGGUCCUCUGAAGUUGACUAUACAUCCACAAACGAAACGUUUUUGAGGUGGAACGGUUUCAUCGAUCACGAGAGUGGGAUUAAAAAAUAUCGCAUCGGGUUCAGUGAAAAAUGCUUGUCAAAAGAAGAGUUAUUGCAUACAAAUCAUAAUGCGCUGCCAGGCUAUAUUUACGAAACAGUUGAUGAGUAUACCAGAGUAAAAAUUCCAUCCCCAGGCCUCUAUUUUACCAGCGUGAUUGCUUACAAUUAUGCUCUCCAACCCUCAGACGUAGCGUGUUCUAAUGGUAUCGUAUACGACGUUUCUCCGCCAAAAUUACACAACGUAGUAUUAGAACAAGCCAAAACAAGAGAAUUCGUUGGCUGCUACAAUAAUUCCGCAUGGCUUAUACUUCAAAAUUUGUCAGCGAUUAACUUGCAUUGGACCAAGGCUUGUGCGCAUAUAUGCAACAGUACUGACAAUGAAUUUACACUUGUGGGUAAUCUCUUUCACCUGAAUGAAGAGAAAUUUAACGAUUCAUCUUAUGCAGAUUCGAUUUGUCAAAAAGUGGAGGCGUAUCAUAAAAAUGAAGUUACGUAUAUUCCGUCUGACACAAUUUCUCUCUCUUGGAAUGUGACAGACCCAGAAUCGCAAAUUCAUGAUUUGCAGAUCGGAUUAGCAUCGACUAAAUCUCAAUUUAUAGCCCCAGAUAUUUUGCCGUAUAGACCAACAAAACGGAUGCAGAGCGAUAAACGAUUCCAUUCUACCCUUGACUCAGGAAUCCCUUUCUUCAUAAUGAUAAAAGCAACAAGUAAAGCGGGCUUAGAAACAUCUGUUAUGAUUGGACCCGUGGUAAUUGACGACACACCUCCUCUGUAUAAAGGCAGUAUCAAGGUUAUUGUUGACCAAAAGCUCGUAUUCAUUGUAUGGAAUAAUGAUACAUUUGUUGAUGAAGAACAAAGUCAGCCGGUGUCCACGGUUUUAUUCAAAAUAGGUCAUGGAUCUACCUUUACAACCCCAAUACUACAAGGUUACCCAUCCAACUACUGCCCCAUGUUUGAUAGAAAACAUACUUGCCUUAAGUAUCCCGUAGACAGAGUGCAGAACUUAAACGAAGACGGUACGCCAUUUUAUUUCGAAUUGUAUUUCUACAAUAUUGUCGGUCAUGCCACAACUGUUCGGACGGAGGAGUUUAGCGUACCUUCUAGAUAUCCUCCGACAACUGGAACGGUUCUUGACAUUAGCAAGCAGUUCUCCCAGUCAGAGGAUUUGGAUUAUAUUGCAAGCGAUGACACUGUCUGUGUGGCUAUAUCUGGAUUUAAGCACCAUGAAACUGUUACUUUUGAAGUUGCAUUCGGUUCAAAUAACACGGAUGAUUUGAUGAACUUUCGUUCUCUUCCAAGCAAUAAAUGCUUUAAUAACAUUAGUUUACCCGAGAAUACCAGAAUAUACACUCUGAUUAGAGCAACUUCUUCAGGAGGAAGUAGUUUAUCAACUUCUGAUGGGUUCUUUGUUAUUGACAAAUCAAAAGCAGCGGACUCAGUUAAUGUAUACGAUGGAAUACCAUGUGACUCUCUUAGUCCCAAAUUCCGGAGUACGGUCGUGCUAACCAGUCAAAAUGUAGAGAUCAUGGUAACAAAUAAAAGCUUAACAACUGAGAAGUCCUUCACUCUUCAGAUUUCUGGAAUAGGACCAGAUUUGUACUCUAUCACAUCUGAAGAUAUUAUUUGGACAGGGCGCCCAUCAAUAUUGGGGAAUGUUAUGAGAAAAUCCUUCCUACCUAUAAUAGAAAAUCCAAAGUUUUACAUCAAUACUAUGAAGUUGUUUAACACAAGUUUUAGUUUUGAAAUUAUCGCUUGCGAUGAAAACUUGCAUUACCAAACUGAUCCCAAAUCCUACAUGGCGUACUGGACAAUUAGAAGUCCCUACAAACAUUUGGUAACACAUUAUAGAGCUGGGUUACUUCUGCAAAGAGGAAUGACAGAAAACCAAAUAGUUCCACUAAGAAUAGUGCAUAACCGUGAAAACAUAACUUUCAUAGAUAUACAUUUAUUAGAUGGUUUACACUAUAAGGCUGUUGUACAACCAUGCUUUGAAAAAAUAUGUACAAAGUCAUUGAAAUCAAUUGGAUCUAGAAUAGAAUACAAAGUACCUUCACCAAACAAAGUCCAGUCUUUACUAAAGAAGUCCACAUCCGACUGUUUUGAUCUAUGGUUAAACUUCAAGGGAUUUGAAUGCAGCGACUCAUCCAACGCGGUUAGGUACACACUAGCAAUGCAUGACAAAAAUGCAGCUGAAAUAACUGAGUGGAUGACGGCCAAUUUCAUUACCGUGAACACCUCUAUUGUUUCAAUUCAUCAACGAAAUAUAUCCCUGCCUGAGUAUUCUCAACACAAACUGUCGGUAUGUGUAAGAGGAUUUUGCUUGUCAGGAAAAUCGACAAUAUCGUGUCAACUGAUUAACGAAAAGGAAAGUACGGGUAACUCUGAAUUAAACAUCGUCUAUGAAGUUAACGCCAAUACUCUAGAUAUUACAGGAAUAAAAGCUUUUGUUCACAGUCGUUACCUGGGAGAGAAAAUAAAUGUGUUACAUAAUUAUGAGAUCAAUUUUAUCAGACCAGAUUGGAAAAUAAAUGGCGUCGUAUUGGACACAUUUGGUCGUAAGAUCAAUUGGUACAUCAUGAAAGAGAAACGUCUUCCACAAAAGACAUGCGCUGAUGAUUCUGCCUGUAUACAAGAUACUUUCUCAGAAGGAGGGAUUGGAUAUUUCAAACGAAUACGGUUUACAAAAAACCAAAAAUAUUAUGUUUGUGCUUUUGCCAAUGAAACAAUAAUCAAGUAUGAAAAAACUUUUGAAGAGAAAAGUCAGAUUGCUUUAUGUGGUAAUGGAUUUGUUGUUGAUGAUACACCACCUUUUCCCGGGAGAGUACAGAUUACAGCUGACUUUGGAUAUUUUGUGAACAGCAACAGAUCAUUAUCACUUGCAUGGGAAGACUUUACGGAUAUAGAAAAGGAAAUGGUGAUAGAAUACCCAUCUGGAAUAGAAAAAUAUUCCUACAGCAUUGGAACAUACCCUGGAGGAGAGGACGUGGCGUCAUUUACUGACGCAGGAAAAUUAACAUAUGCAACUAUCAGCAAUGUAUUGUUAAAACCCGACAUAGUGUACUAUGCAACAGUUAGAGCUAUUGACCGAGUUGGACUAUUCACUGAAGUAUCAUCAGAUGGAGUCAUGUUCGACAAUACUCCACCACUACCUGGCAGUAUAGUAUUUGGCGGAACAGGAUUCGAUAAAUACGUAUCAAGUUACAAAGACAUUUUUGUCAAUUGGUACGAUUUUAACGACCCAGAAAGUGGGAUAAAGUCAUUCGAAAUCGGAAUUGGUUCAUCCGCUGUCUCUGCUGAUGUAUUUCCAAUGACUGAAGUCGAAGGAACUUCAUGGAAACUGGAAGACGCUAAUGGAAAAUUCGUUGAUGGUUACGAAUAUUAUGUAUUAUUACUGGUCAUUAACAACGCUGGUUUAACGAUCUUGGAAAACUCUGAACCCUUUAUCAUUGACAGCAGUCCGCCGAUUACAGGUUUCGUCUUGGACGGAAAUGAAAAUGGGAUUGAGGUGGAUUUCCAGCGCAAUAUAACCCACAUAUGUUCAAGAUGGUAUGGAUUCCAUGAUCCACAUACAGAGUUAGCAUAUUAUGAAAUAGGCAUCGGCACAAUGAGGGAGGCCUCUGACGUAUUCCCAGCUACGCCUGCUGGAUUAAUCAAAGAGUACUGCUGGACAAGCGAGUUUAUUCCUGGAACGAAGUACUACACCAAUGUAAAGGCUUGCAACCAAGCGAGAUUGUGUACCUCCAAAUCCUCUGAUGGUAUUAUACUGGAUAACUCUCCACCAAUAGCUGGACUUGUUCAUGUUGGAAUGAGUGAUCGUCAUCAACAUUACAUCAGUCACAAAAAUUCCCUGACGGCACAGUGGAUAGGAUUUCAAGAUCCUCAUUCGGACCUCGACCAUUUUGAAUGGUGUAUAAGCACGAGCAAUGGCAUAUGUGAUAUCACCGUCUUUGAAAAUGUUCUUCUUACGGAGCGAAUGACUAAAACAGCAGUAAAUUUGCCAGAAAAUAGAAAUUUAUACGUUAUAGUGAGGGCGUACAACCAAGUAGGACUAUACAGUCAACGAUCAUCGGAAAAAUUCCGGGUAGAUACAACACCACCAGCAGAAGAGAUUGUACCAUUCAUUGAUUCUUCUCAGUUUUCACAUCGACUAGGCACACAAUAUGACAAUUCCGUAUUGAUUGCGAGAUGGAAAUUUACAGAAAAGCAAAGCUUCAUCAUAUCCAAUGAAGUUAUUCUGAAGUCGCACAAUAAUGGAAAAACUAUAAAAGAUAUUUACACCCAGGGGAAUGAAAAUAAUAUAACAAUUAAACUUGAAGAUAAAGAUGUUUUCAAAAGUGGUGACUCGUAUUCGGUGCAUGUAUCGAGUUGCAAUGCAGCUGGGUUAUGUACACAUGGAAUAUCGAAUUCAGUCCUCAUUGACUCUUCUCCUCCACAGCUUGGCGGUUUCAAAAACACGAUGAAAUGGAGAACAUUUGAUAAGACUACAGAACUUGCGCUGCUUUGGUAUGGGUUUACGGAUAUCCAUACUGGAAUAGAGAAGUAUGGAAUUUCUGUCAGCAAUUCUUAUACUGGUUCGGAAUUAUCCGAUGGAAUAGUAUACACAGACCAUGUUGACAGCGAAACCCAAACAUUAUCUUUAAAUCUAACUCGUAAAUUAUCAGAAACAGAAGAAAUAAUUCUGUCGGUCUUUGCGCUGAACAAAGCGGGCUUAAGAAGUAAAAUUUCGAAAACUACUGUUUCAAUAGUUGCGGAUGAUAUCACGCAUGAUAGGGGGUUUCUAAAGAUUCAACGAUAUUUAUGUCGAACACAUACAUGUAAUAACGAUUGCACAUGUUCUGUAAUAGGACACAAAUGUAAUUCUGCUUUGAGGUCUAAUGCGUGUACAAAAAGAGAAAAUGAAACCGAAAUAACUUCUGUUAGCUUUGGAUAUGCGAAAUCUCCAGGAAGCGUGAGCUUAUCAUCAGCAUGCGUGUUUGCUCAGUGGACGGUGAGGGAUAUGACGAAGAUUCAACGUUUUGAAUGGAGCAUCGGUGUUUAUCAUGAAUAUCCAGGAGCCGGUGUGUUUGACAGAAAGACAGAAAAUGUUUGGAAAGAAAACGGACAUCUAACAAACACAACAUUUUGCACGAAAAAUGGGAAACAAUUUUUGCAUGGGGAAUCCUACGUAUUUUAUGUACGAGGUUGGCUAUCAGUAAAUACGUAUAUAGACAAACAAUCAAGUCCCCUACUUAUCGACACAACAGCGCCAACUAUUCGAAGAGGAAAAUCUAUUAAAGAGACAGCUUUCAAAUGCAGUGAAAAUGAUAUUGAUAUUCUUAAUUCAACAUCCGAUUUUCUUGUGUGUUGGGAUGGCGUGUUUUCAGAAAGUGGAGGACAAAUUGAGAAAUAUGCAAUAUCUGCAGGCUCGUCUCCGUUUGGAAACGACCUGUUUGAUUCUCUCAACGUUGGACUCUCAACCUCGUUUCCCGUGGAAGGCAAUAUAAUAGCACCAGGUGUCAGAUUUUACUUCACAAUUACAGCUACAAACACUAUGGGAAUGAAGUCGUCUUUUGCUUCUGAUGGAAUUCUUCUUGACUUAGAUAAUCCAGUUGGAGGGGUCGUUUACAAUACUGAAUUCCACAGAAACGCUAUAUACCAAUCGUCAACAAAUGAAGUAGCUUUAUCAUGGCAUGGAUUUGACGAUCACCAUUCCUUCAUUAAGGAUUAUAAAGUAAUUCUGACAGAAAAAGACAGCAAUGAUACCAUAGAUAUCUAUAUCGAUGCGAAGAUAAGGAAUACAUACAAAUAUCACGGGCUAUCUUUAAAACAUGAUAGGACAUACAGAGUCGCCCUGGUUGCCUUUGACGCUGCUGGACAUUGGGUUGGUCCAAUAUAUGCAAAAGAUAUACAAAUCGAUACCACACCACCUAAUGGUUUACGGUGUACACAGCUGGGGGUUACCCCAAUAGACAUAGUGAAGAAAACCCAUUCUGUUUUACACAAGAAGACACGGGUUGAAUAUCAAGGAUCUACACAUUUAAAAGCUGAAAAGUUUUAUCGAUUGGCUAUCAUGUCAGAUGCCCAAAUACCAUCACGUGAUGUUCAUGUGCAUAUUGGAAACAUGAAAACAACACUUUAUCUGUUUCAUCUUGCAAAUGGAUCAGCUCAAACUGAGCACAUGUUUGUAUCUAAACAUUCUGGUUUUGCUAACAUUACAAUAACUUUCACGUCCAGAGGUUUACCAGAUUUGUUUACCAUAAAACUUUAUCAAUGCCUUACGUAUGAAACAGCAACGGAACCUAUCACGCUUUCCCAGCUAUCGCCGAGUUCUAUAAGGGUCUGCAUGCACAUUCAAGACAUUGAAAGUGGAAUAAAGUCUAUACACGUCGGAGCUGGAACAACGAAAAGUGGGUACCAAGUAAGGUCACUGCUUCCUUUCACUACUGGAUUCCAGGAGAUUAUGAAUAUAGAAGUUCCACAUAACAGUAGUGUUUACGUCACUGUUGUUGCUACAAAUAAUGCAGGUUUGAAAUCCACGUAUCAUUCCUCAGCGAUGGUAAUUGACAAUACAGAACCAGAUAUUUCUAAUGUGAAUGUUAACAUUAUAUAUGAAGAUCUUUCAAUAUCAAACAAGAAUAGUAGUGGUCAACAUGAUAACACAUCGGAAGUGACAGGAAAUAAAAUCCUCACAACAUUUACAGUAACAUGGAAAAUCAUGGAUAACGAAAGUGGAAUACGCGAAUGUGAAUGUGGAGCUGGACCUUUUCCACUCUCAACAUCCCUAGUCCCUUGGGGAAAGAGUAUGACGACCACGUCCUGUUUCUUUUCUAAUACCCAUCUCCAGCACGGAACAAAAUUAUACAUCUCUGUACGAUGCACAAAUGGUGUUGAACUUCGAGGAACGAAAUCGCACGGUCCCAUUACUAUAUCAUUCAAAUCUCCAGAAACUCGGGCAACAAAAAUAGAUUUUUUACCAAGCAAUGCAAUUUCUGUCAAACAUAGUUCUCCUAUUAUUACAACCCAGUCCAAUAAAUCACGUUUGACCUUUUCGUGGAAUGGGUUUACGGACAGUUCUGGUAUCCAUGAAUAUGAAACACGAUUGUGGAGGGAAGAUAAAGUAAUUUCACCUUGGAGAAAAGUCGGACUAAAGACAUACGCAUCUAUCGACAUACACGGCUCAGACGGCGAUAUUUACACAGUGGAGGUAAAAGCAAUAAAUGAUGGCGGAGUUUCGAGCGAACCAACAAAUAGCAGCAUAAUGACAGAUGCUAGAAGUCCACAACUAACAGGUAAUAGCUUGAGAGUGAAGAAAUCCUCUACAGGCGAAUAUAUGAUUGACUGGUCGAAUGUGUUCCAAGACACCAUGAAGGGACCCACAGCAUUUGUCGUGUCCAUUGGCAGCAACAGAGGAUAUUCGGACAUACUGUCUCCAUUCUACACACUUGAUCAUUCCAUCCCCAUCGACAUAAACAAUGCCGCGGUUAUAUAUAUAGAUAUCAAUGCUGUUUGUCCGACCGGAGAAUCACGUGCAUAUCACGGAGUGUACAACACAAAGUAGUUACAAGUUUGCUUUUGCUACCACACUGUGUAAGGAAAAUUAAAAAUGCACUUACAGGUCAGAAUUGGCGUGAGGGAAUGUGUAAAUAUUAAAUCUAAUGUGAAAUUUAGAAACGAAGGAUGGCGACGUCUCUUCUCAAUAUUCAAAUGGACAUUGAUUACUGAAUAACUGAAAAAGUGUAGAUAAUAUAAAAUAAAAUUUAAUUGAAUUGUGAUCUUUCAAAUAUCCGUCCAGCAAAAUGAUUGCGUCUAAAUGACUUUAAAAAGAUACGCUUUUUUACUUGGUUUUUGAAGCCAUUAUAUUACUUAUGUUCUGAAGCUUGUAGUCUUUCUUUGUUACUUAGAAGUUACAUUUAGUUCAUUUGAGUCAUGCAGUGGAAAGCACUUUCCUGAUCAAAAUGUCUGCAUGUUUGUACAUAAAUACCCCUUGCUAAUUUAUCUACAUUUUCCUUUUUACUCCAGAAUCAUAUAAUCAAAGUUUACUUCAUUAAUCGAAAAAGUGUCCUUGAAAACAGAACUCAAGUUUGUAGAAAUGUAGGAUCACGUUUUAGCUCACCUGAGCCAAAGGCUCAAGUGAGCUUUUCUGAUCAAAAUUUCUCCGUUGUCUGUCGUCGUCGUCGUAAACUUUUCACAUUUUCGACUUCUUCUCAAGAACCGCUAGGCCAAUUUCAACCACUCUUGCUACACAACAUCCUUGGGUGAAGGGCUUUCACGUUUAUUCAUGAAGGGGCAUGUCCCUUUCAAAGGGGAGAUAAUCACAAAAGGCAAAAUAGGGUUGGGUCAUUUAAAAAUCUUCUCAAGAAUUACUGGGCCAGAAAAGCUGAAAUUUACAUGAAAGCUUCCUGACAUAGUGCAGAUUCAAUUUGUUUAAAUCAUGGCCCUCGGGGGUUGGAUGGGGCCACAAUAGGGUUCAAAGAGUAUCACGACAUUUGUCAAAAUCGCAGUGUAUAAAUUACUGACCGUCUGGAUGGGUAAACCAAACUCCCAGGUAAGAUUAUGCAGAAAUCAAGAACCAUUCUGAAAAAAAUGUUUUUAAGAUCAAAAUGCAACGUUUACUUUUUGUCCUCAUGCAGUCGUUUCUUUCAGCAGAUGAUCCUCCGAAUCCAGAUAAAGAAUGGGGUCACAAAUAAGUCAAUAUAUGCAUUAAAUGUCAAUGGUCAUACAAUUUUGAAGUUUGUAAGACCUUGUCGGAGCAGAAUGGUCUUGUUAUUCAAAUAUGUCCUGUCGUCUUUUUUUCCAGAAUACUUUCAAUAGAAACAAAAUGAUUAUUGUUUUGGUAAAACUUCCCGAGGCAUGUAUAAUGCUGUUGUAUGGAAGGUCUUGGGUCAUUGCUAGUCCAUAAGGCGGCUCGGGUGAGCAUUGUAGCCCAAGUGCAUUGCUUUUGUGCACAUAACAAAGCUUUAUUCACACUAUAUCCUCAUUCAUAUAUUCAAAUUUGUACUCGGAAUGUAUUCAAUAUUUCCAUUUAUAUUAAUUUCUCUCAUUGGUUUAUUAAUUAUUUGUAAAUAAAAUUGGUGAUGAAGAA